CUUCUCCCUCACGCUGAUCGACGCCCUGGACACGCUGCUGAUCCUGGGCAAUGUGUCUGAGUUUCAGCGUGUGGUCAAUGUGCUGCAGGAAGGAGUGGACUUCGAUAUUGAUGUCAAUGCAUCUGUCUUUGAAACUAACAUUCGAGUGGUGGGAGGGCUCCUCUCUGCUCACCUGCUGUCCAAGAAGGCUGGUGUGGAGGUCGAGGCAGGUUGGCCAUGCUCGGGGCCUCUCUUGAGGAUGGCAGAGGAAGCAGCUCGCAAACUGCUGCCAGCUUUUCAGACCCCAACUGGGAUGCCAUAUGGCACAGUGAACCUGCUGCAUGGAGUGAACCCUGGGGAGACCCCAGUUACCUGUACUGCUGGAAUUGGCACCUUUAUAGUGGAAUUUGCCACUUUAAGCCACCUUACUGGUGACCCAGUGUUCGAGGAUGUUGCCAGGAAGGCUUUGAAGGCACUGUGGAAAAAUCGCUCUGAUAUUGGCCUGGUUGGUAACCACAUUGAUGUGAUCACUGCCAAGUGGGUGGCCCAGGAUGCUGGCAUUGGGGCAGGAGUGGACUCCUACUUUGAGUACCUGGUCAAAGGAGCCAUUCUCCUGCAGGACAAGGAGCUGAUGUCCAUGUUUCUAGAAUAUAACAAAGCUAUCAAAAAUUACACCAAGUUUGAUGACUGGUACCUCUGGGUUCAGAUGUACAAAGGAACAGUGUCCAUGCCUGUGUUUCAGUCCCUGGAGGCUUACUGGCCAGGCCUACAGAGCCUAAUUGGGGAUGUGGAUAAUGCCAUGAGGACCUUCCUCAACUAUUACACUGUGUGGAAGCAGUUUGGGGGCCUGCCUGAGUUCUACAACAUUCCCCAGGGCUACACAGUGGACAAGAGAGAGGGAUAUCCACUCAGGCCUGAGCUGAUUGAGAGUGCAAUGUACCUGUACCGUGCCACGAGAGAUCCCACACUCCUGGAGCUGGGAAGAGAUGCAGUGGAGUCCAUAGAGAAAAUCAGCAAGGUGGACUGUGGAUUUGCAACU